AGGCGGUUUCAUUACAUUUUACUAAUGGAAUACACAGAUCAAAAGCCACUCACCACUCACUUCGUAUCCGCCACCGACUCGCCCGGGUUCACUCACCUGAGCUGGGCUCUGCCUCGCUCCUCCGUCAUCGGACUCGACGCCGAAUGGAAGCCAAUUCGCACCCGUCAAGACACUUUCCCCACCGUCUGUCUCCUCCAAAUCGCUUGCCGACUCGUCGGCAACGACGAUUCUACUGCCCAGCAGAACGAGUCUUUGGUCUUCCUACUUGACCUCUCGACAAUUCCUUUGUCUUCAAUCUACGAGCUAAUGAAGGAUGUGUUCGUGUCGCCUCAUAUUCUCAAAUUAGGGUUUUUAUUUAAACAAGAUUUGGUUUUCUUAUCUUCUACUUUCUGCUCUCAAGGCUGCGAUCCUGGAUUUGAUAGGGUGGAACCCUAUUUUGAUAUUGCAAGCAUAUACAAUUAUCUUCAACACAACCAACCCGGAAGAAAGAUGCCAAAGGAAACCAAGGGCUUGUCAACUAUCUGUGAGGAAAUAUUGGGUUUCUCGCUUUCCAAGGUUUUAUACUUUAACACCCACAUUUUGUCUAUUUGAAGUGUUGAAGAGGAGUUUCAGUCCUUAUGUUGCCAAACCAUGUUCUUGAAUUCUGUUUCAUUCCACGACAUUAAUUUAUGAUUCAAUAAUCUUGCUGCUAUAAAUUACAAUGUACAUUCUUCUAGAAACUUCAAUGCAGUGAUUGGUCAUGCCGUCCUCUUACAGAAGAGCAGAAGGCAUAUGCAGCUGCUGAUGCACACUGUUUGCUUGAGAUAUUUAAUUUCUUCCAGGUCAAAGUUGCCAAAGAAGGGCAUUCUUCAAAUUUGGAUCUUGAGGCUUUAGAGUUGGUCCGCGCCGUCUCUUCUUAAUUUCCUCAAAACACUGUAGA